AUGGUGGGCCCAACCAGCCCCGUCCCGCCCCGAUUGUGCAAUCGGCGGGGCCGGCGGCACCGCCCGGAGCCCGGCACCGGGGGGAGGGAGGCGGCAGCUCCCCGCCCGCCCCGGCAGCCGCCGGGCACCGCGGGGCUGUAGCUGCCCGCUGCCCGGAUCCCAUGGGAUGUGCCCGCCGUCGCCUGGCCGAAGUGUUUGCUUUCCAAAGGGCUGGGAACAGCUGUGGGCUCUGUGGUGGGAACGUGGCCUCCAAGCUGUAGGGUUCUGGCAGAGCUGGCCAUGAUGCUAUGGUUUGUGGUUGGGGUCCUCUUCCCAGCACUGCUCCUGGCUGCACCACCCCCCAUAAACAAGCUUGCCCUCUUCCCAGACAAGAGUGCCUGGUGUGAGGCCAAGAACAUCACCCAGAUCGUGGGGCACAGCGGCUGCGAGUCCAAGUCCAUCCAGAACAGGGCCUGUCUGGGGCAGUGUUUCAGCUACAGCGUCCCCAACACCUUCCCUCAGUCCACAGAGUCCCUGGUUCACUGUGACUCCUGCAUGCCAGCCCAGUCCAUGUGGGAAAUUGUGACCCUGGACUGCCCUGGCAACGAGGAGAUCCCCAGGGUCGACAAGCUGGUGGAGAAGAUCCUGCACUGCAGCUGCCAGGCCUGUGGGAAGGAGCCCAGCCAGGAGGGAGCUCUGUUCAACGUCUACCUGAACGCCGAGGAGAGCCUGCCCCCCGAAGGGCCCAGCCCCCACCACUAUGCCCACCCCCAGCAGGAGCUGGAGGAGCCUCCUGCCUCCAGCCACCACCACCACGAGGAGGAGGGCGAGGAGUGA